AUGAGACUACACGUCCGGGGUCUUCUUGUUGGCGUAUCCGCGGCGGCCGGUCGACCGCGUCCCCUUUCGAUUGACUAUUUAGGGACGGACGUGCACGUCCCCGUUAGUGUCGUUACUGUUGCCAGCUCGUCCGAGGGCGAUAGCUGCACACCAACUUUUCUUCGAAUAAUGCACUUGAUCGAAUGCGAGGACUGUCAUACGUCCAAGCAUUCGCUUCGCCAGUGGGCCUCACACCUAGUCGAUCGACACGCAGUGCCCUCCGAAUGGCCAAGUGAACGGGCUUCGCGACUCCCUGCCAAUGUUACACACAACCCCUACACCUUUGUUACCGAAUCGAAAAAGAAGCGUAAACCAGGAGCGAUUCCGCGGCCCCUGAAUAGCUUUAUGGUAAGUUCUGGCUUGCUGCAUUCACAAGUUAGUGUCAUAAACUACAUUCAUUUUUUAACCCAACUGUGGUAAAAAAGGAGCGACCUUAGUGGGAUUCGAAACCACGACACCAAGAGGAAGGGUUGAGUACAGCCAACGCUCUAGCCACUUAAGCUACGAGGCUACACCGCGGCGCCCUGAGUUUGGUUACUUUUGGGUCAAGUCGCCCACCCAGCCUACUGCGAUGUAUGGAAUCCAUGAAAUAUGAUACAGUAGGCUGACUGCCCAAGCAGGAUUUCCGAGGUAAUCAGUCCAGAUCCACCAGAUGACUGUCAGGAAGUCGUUCAUGGUGGCCAACUUACCGUAUCAGAUGUGGUAAAUUCCAUGCGUUCUAGUAGGCUGGACGGGCAACUUGACCCAAAUGUAAUCAAACUCACCGUGUCCCGUGGAGCUUCGCAGUUCAGGUGGCUAGAGCGUUUUCUGUACUCCAACCUUUCCCUUUUUGUCGAAUCUCACCUAGGCCGCCGGAAUUUUUAAGUCAAAAUAAACUAUUCAAAAUUUCCCAAGCGUCCAAUCAUAACUAUAUGUAGUGGUCAGUUUCGAAGCAAGCAAAUUGGGGGACUUCCAAACAGAGGGGCCAAGUUUUCCGAACACGCGCUACGUUUUGUAGAUUUUUUAGAUUACAUUACACCGCGCUCUGUUUGGACUCAGCCGUUACAUUUGCCCUCGAGUCCCGACGUCUAGAAUAUCUGGUUGCUCAAACUUUUGAGCACUUCAAGCUUAAGGGGCACUCUCGGACGAGUGAGGGAUUACAGCCGCACGGAUAUAGCUCUUGGGUUAUUAUUUCGGUUUCAACUUUGGUCGGAUCUUAUUUCGCAACUGUACUUGCAGUAGACACGACCCAGCGUAACCCCUAACCCCAACCACAAAUCCCUAACCUUAACCCUUAACUCUGACCCCUAACACCAACCCCUAACUAACUCCUAAUAGAUACGGCUACGAAAUAGCAUCUUGUCCCAACUUUUUUACCUGACCGCUAAGGAUGGUUGCCUGAAAUUACGCAUAUUGCCGGCGUAAAUAACAGUAACUGGGAAGGGUGUGCGACACCACAUUAAUUCAGUUGCAUGCUGUCAUUGAAGCUACAGUUUCCCUAGACAGCACGAACACUGCCUAAACCCAAUUUUCAAUAAAUCUUUGCACAGUUGUUCGCUCAACAUAUUCGCCGAAACAUCCUGCAGGAAUUCGAUGGCGUCUCCAACGCCGACCUGAGUCGCUACCUUGGCGAGCUUUGGAGUACCCUGCCUCGGCCAAUCAAGACCCAGUUCGAUGAGGAAGCAACACGUCUCGGGAAGCUCCACCAGUUCGAGUUUCCCCACUACAAGUAUCAGCCAAACAAACGCCUUCAACCAGUCAUCCCGACAAAUGUUAACGAAACAAUGUCAGGCUUGCAUGCCGAUUCAGGCAUCGAUAACACUCCUAGGAUUAAUCUUCCGUCUCUAACUCUUAAGAAGACUCUUUUGACGCCAUUUGACUCCGCCUACGUCUCCUCCUGCGAGCUCAGUCCUUCGCACUCUCUGUCAGCUUCCCCACCCAUUUCUACCUCACCUGCAAAGCUUCCCUUUAUCCUGCCCUUUCAUAAUUCAGCCCACAAACGACCUCCAUCUGAUUACGGCGGACGUGGGAGCGGUGAAUUCUGCAUGUCACCACCACCGCGUCAACGCUUUAUGUCCGCCGAAAACGGGGCCCCGAGCACCAUGAACCGUCACACACAACACCCCCCGGCGCGAUCUAACUCCUGUUGUCCCCUAGCCUCCCCCGACUGUCUGUUAAAGCCGUGGCAGCCAACACCGACCAGUCGCGAAGCCGUGGUACCAGUAGUGGUUGUUCGUGGUUCCAUCGUCAAGGAGUUCUCCAUGACUAUUAAGUUAGACGAGGAGACAACAGAAGAAACAUCUGCAGGGGUGGCCACACCUAGUCGGGAAGACUUUGUUUUACGACCGUCAAAGACUGAAGAAGACAACAACCUCGAAUUAAAGCAAGAGGAAGAGUUGGGAGAGUCUAAACAGGCGUUCUGGUCAGACCGUGAAAAGUCCGAGUGGCAGUUUGUUGGAGACGCCCACUUAGUCCCCAUACAGACUGAGGAUGAGGAGGAUGAAGCCUCAAAUUUUGACUCGCUACUAGCUGGCAUUGAUUUAAGGCAGUUGCUCAGCCAGUCAGUGGAUGAGUUGCUGACUUCUGUCGAUUCUGAAUGUUGCAAAAUGAAAGAGAUGACAACAGAUGGGGCGGGCACCUCCUCUGGCGGCUGCAGCGCGCUCUUUGAUAUGACCGACAUCCCGUUAUCCGAACUUCUGACAGAUGAUUCGGAGAGUUUUGACUUCGGCGGAACUCUGCAGUCGGAUGGUAGUACCCUAUCUCCCGUGCUUGCAUAG